GAGAUCUGGAUGUGCAGUGAAACUCACUGACAUGGACAACAUCUGUUGUUGUACCCCCAUCAACACAGAUAUGCUGUCCAUAGGGGGUUCACAGUGUGUGAGCAACCCACAGAUGGAGUGAGGAAGAUUUCUCUGGUAAAGAGAAGCAGAGUAGUGUCCUUCCUAAGUAAACCGUGCAGGCCCUAGUAACUUCUAGCCUGGGACCUGCCUCUCUUGGCUCCCAAGUUCAUGCGGCAGCCGUCAACAGAGAUAGGAGCGCCCUUGUCAAACUCAUCACAGCGGAGCCCUCUUUAACAGACCAUGAGGACCAGUUUGGCCGCACCCCUUUGAUGUACUGUGUUCUGGCCGACCGGUUGGACUGUGCUGAGAUUCUGCUAAAGGCCGGAGCCUUGGUCAACAAGACGGACCACAGCCAAAGAACUGCUCUGCACAUGGCUGCACAGAAGGGGAAUGUACGUUUCCUGAAGCUGCUGUUGUCCAGACGUGCCAACUGGCUUCAGAAAGAUUUAGAAGGAAUGACCCCACUUCACCUGGCCACCCGACAUCCCUCUCCCAAAGCCCUCGCCCUGCUGCUCAAACACAUCGGACCUGGAGAGGUUGAUACACAAGACAAGAACAAGCAAACGUCUCUUCACUGGUCAGCAUUUUAUAACCGACCAGAGCACGUCCGCCUUCUGAUCAAGCACGAUUCCAACAUAGGCAUCCCAGACAGUGAGGGCAAGAUUCCUCUGCACUGGGCUGCACACAGUCAGGAGGCCAGCGCCACACAGACUGUCCGCUGCAUACUGGAAGCAGCACCCACCGAGUCCCUGUUGAACUGGCAGGACUAUGAGGGUCGGACACCCUUGCACUUUGCCGUUGCCGAUGGUAACGAGGCAGUAGUGGAGGUGCUGACAUCCUAUGAGGGCUGUAAUGUGACCGCUUAUGAUAACCUCUUCAGAACGCCACUGCACUGGGCAGCUCUGCUGGGCCAUGCCAAAAUUGUCCACCUGCUGUUGGAGAGAAACACAUCAGGUACAAUUCCUUCAGACAGCCAAGGAGCAACACCACUGCACUAUGGAGCUCAAAGCAACAAUGCUGAGACAGUCGGUGUGUUUCUGUCCCAUCCAUCCGUGAAAGAUGAGCCUGAUCUGGAGGGUCGAACAGCCUUCAUGUGGGCCGCUGGGAAAGGCAGCGACGAUGUCAUCCGCACCAUGCUUGCCCUUACCCCUAACAUUGAUAUCAAUAUGGCUGACAAGUAUGGUGGCACAGCGCUCCAUGCAGCAUCCUUGUCAGGCCAUGUGAGCACAGUGAAGCUGCUGCUGGAGAAGGGAGCAAUGGUUGACUCUUUGGAUGUCAUGAAACACACACCACUGUUUCGCGCCUGUGAGAUGGGAUACAGGGAUGUCAUACUUACACUCAUCAAAGGUACUGCCCGUGUGGACCUGGUAGAUGUGGAUGGUCAUACUGCUCUGCACUGGGCAGCUCUAGGAGGGAAUGCUGAGGUCUGCCAGAUAUUGAUGGAGAAUGGAAUCAGUCCCAAUGUACAGGAUCAUGCUGGACGGACUCCACUGCAGUGUGCUGCAUAUGGUGGCUACAUCACCUGCAUGGCAGUCCUCAUGGAGAACAAUGCUGAUCCAAAUAUACAGGACAAGGAGGGGCGGACUGCUCUCCACUGGUCAUGUAACAAUGGCUACUUGGAUGCUGUAAAACUGCUGCUGGGCUACAGUGCAUUUCCCAAUCAAAUGGAGCACACCGAGGAGAGAUACACCCCCCUGGACUAUGCCUUGCUGGGAGGGCACAGUGAGGUGACUCAGUUCAUGCUGGAGCAUGGGGCACUAUCUAUAGCUGCCAUCCAGGACAUCGCUGCCGCUUCCAUCCAGGCUGUCUACAAGGGCUACACCGUUCGGAAGGCCUUCAGGGAGAGAAAGCAGCUUCUCAUGCGACAUGAGCAACUGCGCAAGGAUGCAGCCAAGAAGCGAGAAGAAGAGCAGCGGAGAAGAGAAGCUUCAGCGGCCACUACAGAGAAGCAAAGAGUUUCACUGGUGAGAGCAGAGCAGGAAAGGCCCUCCUUAGUGAACAUUAUGGAGGACUUGACCAUGAAUGACUCAACGGUGGAAACAAAGAAAUCAUCUAAAGCCGAACGUACAAGGCGGAAAGAGGAGAGAGACAGAGCCCAAAAGAGCAGGUUAUCCAGAAGAAGUAAUGCAACGAAGAUUCCUGAAGCUUUGAGCCACAGCUGUCCUGUGAGCAAUAAUACCUCGCCUGAUACUACACAGACCACCAGGCUCAAAGAACUUCUUUCUCCUGGCAGCUGCAAAGAGUCGUCCAGCCUUACACCCAAACCUCCCACUCCACCCAAAGUCAGGGAACGGUCCUCCUUAAACAGGUCCACUCCUUCCACACCUGUUUCCACAACAGACCAAAUCCAGGCCAGAUCCAAAGAAUGUAUCUCCUUGAAAAAGAGACACACUUACAUGAGUAUACAAACUGCUUCCAGCCAAAACAAUGACCAGGACUCUCCACAAAAGCACAAAAACCACAGGAAGCAGACUUCAGAGAAGUCCACUGUCAAAGACCAAACACGUGCUGCCUCAUUAAGAAGCAAUUCAUCUUUACAUCAAAAAAGGCCCUCAAGAAAAACCCAGUCUGGCACACAUGCAGCAAUGUUAACACAUACACAGUGGGACCACGACAAAGAGCAGCACAGGAGGAAAAAUGAGGCUGCAGUCAUCAUUCAGCGAGCCUGGCAGAGGUUCUGUGCAUGCAGAGGCAGAGAGACGAAGGCCUGUGAGGAAGCAGAGCCAAGUGAAUCAAACUACGCCCGUAACAGGAGGAAAAUGGAAAACAGAGCUCAACUUCCCAAACCAGCACAAAGUAAAACCUCCGUGCUACAGAGCAUCUAUGGAAACUCUAUGACCAGAAGAGGGCGUUCAUUUCGGGACUCUCAGUCUCAGUUGCUCUUGGACAUCCCUCUACACACCCAGAGCCAGUGUAAGUGUGUGUAUACACUUAACGCUUAUUUACCGAAAUGCACUUUCCUACAGGUAACUUUAUGUCCUUUUUUUUCCCCAGUGAGUGGUUUGGAUUGCGUGCACCUGACCGACAGUGUGAAUCAAGCCAAGCAUUACUCGUACCACCUGAGACCACACAGUGCAGGACAGGGGACAAGAGGCCGGGGGAAACAUUGAAAACACACACACAUACACACUCCUUGUGUUUUUUGAUGUUUUUUCAGCUGUUUGGCAGAGUUACCCCUAUAGAAUUACUCUACACAAUGUUUGUUCAAUGUGCCAAAGGUUCUAAAAUUAAGCCAUAUGACAUCAGAGCAUGACCUCACAGGGUGGGGUUAAGUCUACAAAAAUGACUAGUGUAAAAGAUAACCUUUCAUCCAUUGUGGUAGGAAUGCAUACACACUCCAUCUCCCUCAGUCUCCAUUGCUCUUGCACACACACUGAGAUAACCUUUUCUCCCGUUAUGGAAAAUGAAGCAGUCCAUCAACAGCCGGUCAUACAGAUAGCCCACCUGCAGCUGCUGACACACACACACACACACACACACACACCUUCUCUCACUCUGCACAUUAGUUUGGUUAAGUGUUUUACCCCUCAGAAGAAACUUAUUUCUUUUUUUAAAAUAAUGUUUGCAAAAAAAUAAUCAAUAUUGUGCAAUUUCAUAAAUGUAACAUGUUUGUUGCUUCAAAGUAUUGUGAGGAACAAUAAAGUAA